AGAAAAUAAAAAAGCCGCCUUCAUUUCGUCGUUACUUCUGCGCGUUUUACUUCUUCGCGUUCCCUUUUUUUCGCCCAAAGAAAAAAGAAUCGGGAGCUCCAGAGCUGAUCAGAGAAAGAGGGAAAGAAGAGAGGAAAAAAAAAGGGUAGAAGUAUUGAUUAGAAACGGGAGUAUUUAAGUUUUGAGUUGCAGAAUUUCAAUGGAAGAUACAUGGAGUUAUGGUCUCUCCAGAACUUCUUCUUCAAGGAGUUAUUUAUCAGCACUCAAGUCUCACUCCGAUUUCUGCAUUGAAUUUGAUGAGAUUGAAGGAGAUGAAGAGGUGGAAUAUCCAUGUCCGUUUUGCCCAGAAGAUUAUGAUUUAGUUGGAUUGUGUUGCCAUAUUGAUGAGGAGCAUCCUCAUGAGGAUAAGUCUGGGGUAUGUCCUGUAUGCACUACAAUAGUGGAGAGUAAUAUGGUUGGACACAUUGCAUUACAACAUGGGAACGUUGUGAAAAGUCAUCACAGAUUGAAACAUCGCAAGAAUGAAUCUCAUUUAGCAUUAUCUUAUUUAAGAAAGGAAUUGGAGGAUGGGCAUUUUCGAUCUCUCCUUGGAGGAUCAUCACCUCCAGUUACUUCCACCAAAAUGGCACCUGAUCCAUUGCUGUCAUUCAUCUACAAUGUGCCUACUGCUAAUAAAUCUGAAACUGUACAGCCAGAUUCUUCAAGUGAAGUUAGCCUAGAAGAGAAGAGCUCAGAUACAAAAACUUUAGAAGUAAACGUUCAGCUACCUUCCAUGUCGGAGGAGGAUCAUACAGAGAAGAAAAAAAGGUGUGAGUUUGUACAGGGACUGUUGUUGUCCACCAUCUUUGAUGAGUAAUACAAUAUACAUGUAGUUAUUUGGCUCUCUAGAAAAUUUUUAAGAGGUCCGGGAUGGAAGUUUGUUUAUGUUGAAGUUAUUACACCUUGAUAAAGAAAGGUAGGGUAGAUGGAGAAAUUUGAACGUAAUGCACGUUGUUAUCAGUGUAAUUUCAUAAUGCCAGAGUAAACUGGAAUUUUUCAUGUUUUUCAAUAGUGCAUGAUGCUAAUGCA